GAUUCGACUGGGUACUCUAAAGGGAUUGGGACGUGGUUAUACGAGAGGAAAGAGGCACCGAGGAUACGAGAGAAUAAACUCCGAAAAACUUUCGAACGAGAGCAAAGAGAUUAUCAGCUCUCUUCUAAAAGAGAAGAGAACGAGAAAAAGAGAGAGAGAGAGAGGGGGAGAGAAAGUUAGCCGGUGAAUUAAAGCCAUGCAGAACUAUGGCCACGAGGAUUACGACUAUGGCGUACAGGAAGGAACAAUUGGACAGGAUGAGCAACAUACGGCAUCCGGAAGGAAUCUUCCUCAGGUUCCAGGAGUUAGGCCCAUGGUAGAUCCUCAAGCCCAGGGUGAGGUCGACCCUACUCUAUAUCCCGAACCUAAGGAAGCCACGCACAAGAUUAGGGGUAAGAGUGACUUCUUAGAAUACCUCUUUGGUUCCGUCGAUCAAGAACUUCUCACGGUCAAGACCUUUUAUUUCUUCUUCUACUCGGCCUUCGGCUCUCUCUUUCCUCUUAUGGGAGUUUAUUUCAAGCAAAUGGGUAUGAAUGCAGCUCAGUGUGGUUUACUUAUUGGGAUCAGACCUCUCAUUGAAUUUCUUAGUGCACCUUUCUGGGGUUCUUUGGCUGACAGGUGGCAAAAAGGUAAGCUGAUUCUGCUAGGUUCUCUUUCUUGUUGGAUCAUCUUUACGCUACCCUUGGGCUUCAUUCAACCUCCUGCCACGAGUUGUAUGGUCAACGAGAAUUAUACUAGUUUCUUGAAGGCAUCUAGCCCGGGACAGAGGAUCGUUAAGAGAUCGAUCGAUCUGGACGAAUGUUAUAAUGCUGCAACCGAAGACGAAUAUUUGGAGGUCGCAGCAAACGUCGUCUUCGAAAGAUUGAGACGAAAUACCGACGACAACGAGAUCUUCGAUCGUACGAAAUCAUUCGAUGGCCAAGUUAAGGCCGAUGAAGUUAAGAAGAUCGAUGAUUAUAACAACGGGAAAGCUCGUAGAAUUUAUGAUAUUGAAAAUAAUCGAGUAAGAAAACGACGAGCUGCUUCGAACGAAGAGAAUACUUCUUCCGGAGAUCUGAGGUAUGAGCAAUUGGUUUUCGAGGACGAUACUAGCGAUCCUAAUGCGAAGAUCAUCGAUUUCGAGGCUCUACAACGAAAAAAUCGUCCUGCUGAUGUGCUCGAAUAUAAACGUUUUCUCAAAAACGAGCCCCUCGAAGAAGGCAGAGUACCUAAAAAGGCGUAUCAAGGUAGAACGAAGGAAAAAAUGAAGCCAGCAAAAGAGAAGACGAUGGUUCGUCGUGAAAUUCGUCAGGAUCAGAAAAUAUUUCGUGCCAAUUUUGGUAACAACGAAGCUACAUGGUCGAGUAUGAAGAGUCUACGGAAACUCUUGUCUUUGGAGGAAGAAGAGCUCGAAGAGAGAGAAGAGGGGAAAGACGAGGCGUUCCCGGACAAAAUGUUAGUCAGAAACAAACGAAAUGUGCGAAGUUCAGCCGGACAAAGUCCUCUGGCCGUUACCUAUGCCGCUAAUUAUAACGAAAAGGAGAACAAGGGUUGGGUCAAGCCGCUUUUCAGUUCCAUCGUAUACAGAUUACCAGAUAUACACAAAACGUUCUUCCUCUUAUUACUGUUAGUCGUAGUCGGCGAGUUUUUCUCAGCUCCUGCUAUAACACUCGCGGACUCUGCUGUGAUUACUCUACUCGGUGAAGAUGCCGAUAGAUAUGGACAUCAACGAAUGUUCGGAAGUUUGGGAUGGGGAUUGGCCAUGUUUUUUGUUGGUAUUGCUCUCGAUCAUAGUACGGCUUUCCCAGAUCAUCCUUGCGAUCCGGAUGCUAGAGAAAAGAAUUACACGAUUUGCUUCGCCAUCUUUUGCGUUCUUAUGGGUGCUGCGCUUAUAACGGCGUUGCAGAUAAAUUUCAAGUACGACGUUGUAGCUUCCGAACCGGAAGUGGCAAAAGUACCAGCUGAACCAACCAGGGAAGAACAGCUUCAGAGUCAGCUAUCGCAACAGUUGAAUCUUCCUGGUCUGCAGGAUUCCUCGGCUGCGGUCAAUCCAAAGCCGUUGCCUCCGGAAGGCCAAACAAAAAUGUUUGCUCAAACGAUGCGAGAGAUUCCAGAAUGGGUGACAGUUCUGAAGCAAUUUAAAGAUCUCAAAUGCAGUUCCUUUCUUUUCGUCGCCUGGUGGAUGGGCUUCGGUAUCGGACUCAUCUUCACUUUUCUCUUCUGGCAUCUUCAAGAUUACGGUGGUUCACCUACUCUCUUCGGCGUUGCCUCCGUAAUAAAUCACAUUUCCGAGAUCUUUGCCUAUUUCUUCAGUUUCAAAUUGAUUACACAGAUUGGUCACGUUAAGGUUCUGUGCCUUGGUUUAGCCGGAAACGUAAUACGUUUCCUUUAUAUAUCUUGGCUCGUUAAGCCGUGGUGGGUUCUACCUUUCGAAUUUAUUCAAGGGAUCACUCAUGCCGCGGUCUGGGCAGCUUGUUGCAGUUACAUCGCUCAUAACACGCCGCAACAUUUGCGUUCAAGUGCCCAAGGAGUUCUUCAAGGAUUACAUCAUGGUCUCGGAAGAGGAUGUGGUGCGGUGAUUGGUGGCAUGUUUGUCACUGCUUAUGGUACCACGACGACCUUCCGAGUUUACGGCCUCACCUGCCUUGUUGUUUUAGCGGCCUUCAUUUUCAUCAACUUUUACAGGAAAGAUACAGGCUUUGUUUCCGAUUUACCGCAAACUGAGGAUCCUCAUCAAGUGGCCGAGGUUACGCAUCUAGCGCCUCAUGGUGUACCAAGCAACGCUAUCCCGAGAGCACUCAGUUCCACUCGGCUUCACGAACUGGCUAAUCAAGAAUCUGGAUAUGGUGCGACCUACCAAACCACUGGCGGUAACUUGGACGUGCCUGGAGCUAACGGAGGUGCGGUCAACCCAACGAAUCCGUUCCUGAAUGGCGGUGGCGGCGGUGGCGGCGGAUAUAAUUACGGUAUGACCGGCAAAGGAGAGGACGAGUAUAUCCGUAGGAGCUUCAAGGUUUAUAAUGAGGUGGUCGGUAAAGAGUUUGACUUGGCGAAGCCACCUCCGAUAGAGACCCACUUGCACGCCCAACAACCAUGCACCAAUCCGUUUCAUCAGCACGAUUACGACUGGUAACGAGCUAAGUGCAAUCGAUCCUCGAACAACGUCUCAUUGGAAUCCACCAGCUGGAUUCAUUCAAGGUCUCGCGCAUCUUUUACACGAACCGAUUAGCAUCGUUGCGGAUAGCUGAAUAUCGAAGAAGAGUUGCUCUUAUCGCAAGAACGGACAAGUUUCUUCUCCGAGAGACCAAAAAAAAAAUCCGAAAGAGGUACGUGCGAGGGAUCUACGCGCCUUUAACGACGAAAAUCUUUCUUCGACGAUUCACAAUCUGGAGAAAGUCGACGAUUUCUAAGGAUUUGACGCUCCUUUCUUCUUCUUACUUGAUAAUUUUGAAUUUAAACACGAUUAUUCUCCAAGUGUCGUCGAACGCGUUCGAUCUUACAUUAAACGCUUCCACGAGAUAUCGUCGAGAGAUUCGUUUAAAACGAAUUGUCUUCUUUUCGAGAUAAAUAUUUAAACGUCCAUUUUCGUUCAACGAAAAACUAAAUACAUAUGCUAAAAAGCAACGACUUCCUUUUCGAUUAUUAGAAAAGAACUAGAAAGGAACGUUGGAGGAGAGACGAUGCUCUGUUAUACCUUGUAAAUAUUGUUCUCUUAAUGCCGAGCUAUUUCUCUCUUUCUCUCUCUCUCUCUCUCUUUCUCUCUCUCUCUCUCAUUUGACAGUCCUCUUCUGUUCCUAUUGCCGAAUGCAGUUCGUUGAUUUGCCGAAAGGAUACACUCGCAAAAAUAAUCCUUACAUUAUAUCGAGUAGUUCCGGUGGUACGAUAUCAUUAUUACAUAAUACCAAUAUAUUUCGUCGUUAUACGUGUAUAACACUGUUGAAAAAAGAGAACGUGAUUAAAGCGAACGUCGAAUACAUGUUAUUGCAAGUACAGCUAUGCAGAAGAAUAUGUUACUCGCCGAUCCUUCGAGGCACAAGAAAAAAAAGAAAAAGGAAAAGAAAGAAAAAAAAGAAGCUAGAGUUAACGUUGUACCUAUUCGACUUGUCGAAAUUAAUCUUAAAAUUAAGAUAGCAGUAUACAUAUAGAUAUAUCCAUGCAAGUUAUAUAUAUAUAUAUACAUACACACACAUAUAAGGUAUGAGAAAGGAAAGAACGAGAGCAGUUGCCGUGUUCGAAAGAACGAACGCGUUACGACAAUGAUGCAUCUAUUUCUCGAUCAAAUAUUUAAUUAAGAGUAAAACUGGUGGAAUUUUGAAUAAAAUCCCAACGACUGGUAAACUCUAUCUCUUUCGAUAUAAAAGCUAUUUUUGUAGAAAGUAUGAAACCGAUGGCUUCUCUAAUCGAAUCGACUCGUAUUGCGUCCGUUCUUUAAAUCGAUCGUCCUUCGAUAGGAAGUAUCAACGAGUUCGCAUCGCGGUCAUUGCCUUAUCGAUAUCACUUCUCAUUGGAAUCUUACGUUUUAAUCAUUUGAAAAUCAUUGCAAUCAAGAUCUUCGUUGUGAUUAAAUUUUACGUGGGAAUAAUUUUAAAUAUAUUUUUCAUCAUCCUGAAUUUUAGAAUAUCAAAAUUUCAUUCUACUGAUUCUUCAGUAUCAGCUAUCGAAUUGAUUAAUAAAUAAAUGCUAUUUUAUUGUAAUAAACUCCUUAGUUAUGUAAUAGCACUUAUAUAUUUAUGAAUCAACCUGAUAUUUUGCAUCUUAAGUUUUAAUCGCAACGAGAUACGUAAAGCAAUACUUAAAAUACAUAAUGCAAUCUUCUUUUUGCGUAUAGGUAUGUCAUGUAUAUACAUCUGCGGCGGCUAAAAAUCACAUCUGUAUAAUGAUGGAUGCAUCUCCAUUUGGCCAAAUUUCUCUUACUAUAUGUUAUAUGUUAUCCCUCUAAAUAUAUUAAAGAUACGAUCAAUCGAUAAUGUCAGUUUUUUUAUCGCUAUAAUUAAAUAUUUAUAAAUAAUGAAAACUGAAGAUAAUCUGUUGUAAUAAUACAGAGUGAUUAUUUUAGAUGAAGAUUAAAUAUAUCUAUUGGGUUGAAUUAUUAUAGUGUAAUAAACAAUUAAUUUUCUGUGUGUAAAUCUUGGAUAAUUUACAGACUUCGAUAUUUAUAAAUAAUUAUAUCGACAAGAAAACUGAUGUCAUGGAUCUCUAGUUUGUUUCUAGAUAAUUAAGUAAAGUUUGUAUAUAGGAAAGAUGAAAGUUCUUCCAACAAAAUCAAGCGAGAAACAUAUGCAGAUAUUAAUGACAGAAGUAUCAACUGAUACUUCAGAUUACCCAGAAUAGUACGAUUCUCUGAGAUUUAUAGUUCGUUUAUUACUUUAUAAUAAUUAUAUAUAAUGAAUAUAUUUAUCAAAAGUGAGAAUCGUUUUUUUAUUUUAAGUAAUUUUGUCAACUACUCGUAUGAAAAUGUAAUCAAUCAAAUCAUAAAAAAAUAGUAGUCGAACGAAAUAGACUUUGAAUAUUUCAUUGUUUCUUAUCUGCACUAUAUACAACUUCUACUGUUAGAUAAUGACACGUUUCACUAUAAAAUAACCAUUGAGGGAUAAUAUAUGAUAUAUAGAAAGAAAAUCUCUUAGGAUACCAUGUCCCACUUAUAUGAAAUUAUCGUAGAAUUGAUUUGUAACAAUAUUAAUAACGCAUUAAAUCGGCAAUGUUCACGUAUCAUAUACACAACAUCUCGGCACAACAUAUCGACUAUCGGAUGAUCCAUAGCGAUCUACUCUCGAUCAGCUUAUAGGUAUUAUAUUAUAAUUUUUGCGUAAAAAUUAGCGAACGUAUGAACUUUACUUAUUCGACUACAUAUUUUAUAUUGACAUAUUUUUUUUUUCGUCACCUAGUUCGUAUAAGAUUCUUCUAGGUAAGAUGAUAAAAAAGAAAAUCAUCAUCGUCGUCCCUCGAUUUCGAUCAUUAUGGAUCCUCUUCGAAGAAACGAAUUUUAUUAUAUCUCAUAGCGUCAUAUAGAUAGAGAUUAAUAGAACAUAUCGAUCGUUGUAAAACUCGUUUGGUUCAAUGAUAUAUAGUUUAUGUUAAUCAUUUUCUUACCAACAAAGAUUAUGUAGAUUUCGCAUUGUUUCGAUUGAACAAGAAACCAAUAAUUUACCAGACUCGACAAAAUUUUAAAUGUGAUACUGUGUUAACGAUAAAGUAUACGUUCGGUCCGCGAAGAAAUAUCAGAAUGCGAUCUAUGACAAUUAUGUUUAAAGCGCUUAAGAAAGCUAACGACGAUUCAUGUUGCGUAGUAUAAUUCUAGUUUGAAACGUUAUUGUAAGCUUUCAUAGGCUUACGAAAAAAUGGACUCUGGCUGGGCCGGAAUUUGAAACCUGAGUCUCUUGGGUGCAUUUCGUGCGUACGGAUAGUCUCACUAUUAAACUAUCCAAGAAUCCAGAGUUUUCAUUAUUUCAUACUCUGUUUAAGACGAACAUAACUGACACUUUUAGUUUUAUUAUUCGAGAUUGAAAAUGUGUUGUACAUGAUCAUUCUAAAAUUUAAAAUGUUAAGUAAAAAACGCUAUCAUAUCAUAGGCUACGUAAAAAAUUUCAAUUUCAAAAGCUUCUCGAUCGUGCCUCGAUUAUUAUCGCUGCUUACGCAAUCAUCCAUUUCCUAAUCGAACGACAUCUACUUCGAAAGAAAAAUGAUGUCUUUCUUGAAUGAAAUAUCGUGACGACGUAACGAAUUCGAGUGUUCUGCCUCUUGGUGAAAGGUGUGUUUGAAAAUAAAAUUGUCUUUGAAAAGUUUA